UCUUUCCUGUGCCGCCAUUUCGGGAUUGGUGAGGUUGGGAUCGUUUGGAGGAGGUCGGUCGUUGCGUGGUUUUCGGGUGGCGUCAUUUGGCGCCUAGUGCCAGGAGGUUACGACCAACGGGGAAAGAUCUAGGCCCUGAGGAGGAGAGAAGGCCAUGGCCGGCAACUUCGACUCCGAGGACCGAGCAAGCUGGUAUUGGGGGAGGCAAAACAGACAGGAGGCGGUAAACCUCCUGCAGGGCCAGCGACAUGGGGUAUUCCUAGUGCGGGACUCCACUACCAUUCCAGGCGACUACGUGCUGUCCGUGUCCGAGAACUCCAAGGUCUCUCAUUAUAUAAUCAACAGUGUUAACAAUAAUCGGCAGAGCGGGCCCGCAUUGAAUCAAUCAAGAUUCAGAAUAGGGGAUCAAGAGUUUGAUUCACUACCUGCCCUGUUGGAAUUUUAUAAAAUUCAUUAUCUGGACACUACCACUUUAAUAGAGCCAGUUUCCAAAUCAAGGCACUCUGGUGUAAUCCAGAGACAAGAGGAAGCAGAAUAUGUGCGGGCUCUCUUUGACUUUAAUGGUAAUGAUGAUGAAGACCUUCCAUUUAAGAAAGGAGACAUCCUAAGGAUCCGAGAUAAGCCAGAGGAGCAGUGGUGGAAUGCUGAGGACAACGAAGGAAGGAAGGGCAUGAUACCAGUACCGUACGUCGAGAAGUACAGGCCACCCUCUACUGCAGGGUCCGCUUUAAUUGGAGGUAACCAGGAAAAUUCGCACCCGCAGCCACUGGGUGGGCCGGAGCCAGGGCCCUAUGCCCAGCCCAGCGUCAACACUCCGCUGCCUAACCUCCAGAAUGGGCCCAUAUUUGCCAGGGUUAUCCAGAAGCGAGUCCCCAAUGCCUACGACAAGACAGCCUUGGCUUUGGAGGUUGGUGAUCUUGUAAAAGUAACAAAGAUUAACGUGAGUGGUCAGUGGGAAGGAGAGUGCAACGGAAAAUGUGGCCACUUCCCAUUCACACACGUGCGUCUGCUGGAUCAACAGAAUCCUGAUGAGGACUUUAGCUGAGUUUGGCUUAGAGCUAAUUCUAAAAGCGCGAACAAUCUUGCUCUGUCUCCCUCUGUUUUUCGAUCUGCCAUGUAGACUGCCUGCUACAGAUUUCCAGCUGUAUAGGUGUAGAAAGUAGCAAUGCCCCACCAUCCUCCCCAAAAAUCAGUCCUUCUGAGAUUUGGCAGAGUCGGGGUAUGAGCUUGGAUUGUGUCUUUCGAAAAGGAUUAACCAGUUCUCCUAUGGCCGUGUAACAUUCAUAUGCAGAGAACUGCACGAUUUAUUGUAGCAAAACAUUUUAUUUGGACAAGAGACUUUUUCCUUUAUUUCCUUAUUUUCUUAAACCAAACCAACAGUAAUCACUAAGAAAUGUGGCGUUGGAUGGCACCCAUUUCUUAAUGUGCUUCCAUAUUUGCCUUCUUUUAAUGGUUGCUAAGGUAAACACUGUAUGGUAUUUAAAUCACUUGGGCACAAGCUAUCCGUUUUUAUGACUUGGUGAUUAAGUCAAGUUGAAUGUUUUACUUCACCCAUUCAUGAUCAAUUUGGUCUGGUUUUGUAAAGAAAAUGUUUAGUGGUAAUGCACAUUUGGAUUUCAGCUUUUCUAAGAUUUUUUUUAGUUCUUUAAAUGAGUAGCUGUUUCCAAGGGGUGCAAACUGUUUUUAUUUUUGUCAGAUUUGGGGGGGGCUACUAUUGGAAAACAUUUCAUAUAACAGCAUAAUGAAUAAUUAUGAGGGGAAAAUGCACCAUGUUUCUUGAAGUGGUUGAAUUGCUGCCUUUUUUUGUUUCUUUCUUACAUUGGCGCUCUGAAUUAAACUGCUCAGUGCACAGCCAGACUGUAAUGACCAUUGGCUAUGCUUUGCAAACUAACAGGUUUAUUUUCAUUGGGGAAAUGGACACUACAGUCCCGUAUAACUUGAACGAGAAAGUAAGUUUUCAAUUUAAUAAUGUGACCCCCGCAGUCUGUAGUCCAUCCUUGCUUCAGUGCUAACACUUGAAAUAUUAGUUGAACCUUCUCCACUCGUUUUUACAGAAUCUAGUUUUAAUUUACAGUGCCCUAUUUGCAUCAAGGCUUAGCAGUUUUUUGUAACUAAACAUGCAAUGUCUUCUAAAUUGAUGCAUUCACAAGUAUUAAUGUUUUUAAUCUAACCAUAGAGAAGAUUUAAGUGUAAUGAGUUAUCAUGCAUGCAGUAUGAAAUUGGCAUUUCAGACUUGCCCUGUCUAAAUACGCAGCCAUUAGGUUGCUUGAUGAUAAAUAUUAAAAUAGAUAAGUCUAGAUAUAUUGACAAAUGGGAGAUUGGUCUAUAAUAAGUCCCUGUAAAUUAUUUCUGAUUAUACAUUUGGAUUAAAACUCAUGGAAAUGUUUAUUCAAAUUUAAAUCUUACAUUUCCUGCCAGAAAAUAUCUAUAGCCAAGGCUUCCAUAGAGUAUACAAGGUUUGGGAACUAUCGAGAUGUAUCUGCAAACUGGACAAAUCUGUAGGGUGUCUUCUACUUAUUAGUAUAGUCCUUCCCAAGGCAUGUGAUCCUAGCAAAUGGGGGGGUUGCUUACAUUUUGUUUGACCUGCUUUAGCAUCAAACAAUUCUGACAGAGUAAGCAGUCUAUGCAGGAGCCUAUAAACUGUUGGAAACAUAUUAUAUUUGUAAAUGUUGAGCUCUUUUAUUACCUUUAAAGCUUUACCAGAUUAUUCGUUUGCCUUCCAACAAUGCCUUCUAUUUGGUCAUCCAUUAUAAGUGUACAUUUCAAGCUGCAAUCUAAAGAAGUCUGAAGUUAGAAGUAAUCUAUUGGUAGCUCCAGUCCCGUUACUCCUUUGUGUAAAAUACUUUGAUACCAGCGACCAGUGUUUGUAAAACUAAAACUGACUCAACACUUUCACAGAGCGACAAAAUUGAGGGGUUAGUGUUUCUAGUAUUUAAGGGGAUAUUUUAAAAAAUCAUUUCUAAUUCUCUCCAUUACAAUUACGCAUUUAGCCUACGUACUAAUAUCCAUUUAAUUUUCCAUUUUAUAUUUAUCGCUAAUGGCUACUUAAAUACAAAUUAUAUUUUCCUUUAGUAUAUACGAUAUUGUUAGAAUAAAAAUUUCCAUCAUUGCUAAUUAAACAUUUUUAAAAUGCUCCUGAGCUAAUUUAUGAUCGACACUAAUGCUCAUGUAACACUAUUGUAAAUAGAUCUAAAAUAUGUUGGUGCUCGGACGAACAACAUAUACUUUUUUCAGGUUGUGUUUCAGACAAACUAUGUAUGCUAUCUGGGUUACUUUUUCCCUCCGUUGCACAGACUAAAUGAUCUUUGCUAACUUUUAGACAUGUUCUGGGUUCUACAACGCAGAUCAGAUUGUAAUAGAAUUAGCGCAGUCUAUAUGAAAUGUAUCUUUAGUCCAUUCUCUGUAGAAUGCAACUUUUUAAAUAAUUUUUGGAGCCACGUUCUGUGCCAUAUCAGCAUAAAACAGCUAGGAAAAACCCGGCACAUCGCAUUUUAUUAACAUUAUAUAUGCCCCCCUAAUAUUUUACCUGUAGGAAGUGUCCAGAUGAAGCUGCUGACCUGUAAAAAUCUUUGAAAUAUGUAUUCUACGAAAGCUGUAAAUUCUGAAGCUCCUCACACAUCUCUAAAUCUGAAAUGAUGAAGUUUGUAGGGAAAUGUUUAGCUUAGGGAAAAUUAAUGUUUAGGUUAAUGAUCUACAAAUAACCAAGUUCUAUAUAAGUUGCAUACAUGUUUGCCUUGUAUUCACGAUUAGUAGUGAUGCUCACUUACAAUCUUUUUGCCAAAAUGUGCACAUUUCUGCCAAAGGGACCAGUAGUAUGUUACUAUAAUGCAGCGGUGUCAAACUUGAGGGUUGCAAACAAGGCAGGUUUCUGACUUUUAUAUCGGCUUAAAACACGGGUGCCUCGUUCAAAAUGACUGAAACUAAUCUGUCUUCGAGGAAGAAUAAUCUGAUGUCCUGAUUUGUGCGUGAUCUGCAGACCCUUUGUAUGACACACCUGUUACAGACUGUCACUAACUUUAGUGUGGAGGAAAUAACAUUUUUUUUUUACAGGCUUUUGAUGGUGAUUGUAUUUCUGAUUUUUUUUUUUUUUCAUUUUAAGUAUUACAUUAAAGCCUCUUAUUUUCAAUAUUCUAUUGUAAACCAUUUUUUUCCUGAAAUGUAAAUGAACUUGUAUAGUUUCAUGGAAAACCAUAAAAUACUAAAGGAUACAUGUGUAAGGUUGACUCUGUAAUGCUUUGGAAGUGUUGUUUAUAUUGAAAAACCAAAUAUACGUAAUGUCUGCCUGUC